AUGGACAUAAUUCAUCGAAUUGAAUCGACCAAUACUUCAUUGUUCUCUCAGCUGCGUGGAGUGUCUUUUGAACAGGUGACUGCCAAUCUGAAUGCCAUCUUCUAUGAGCACAUAGCGCGAUGUCUACAGCAGCGUCUUGCAGGUGACAUUGCUCUAGGGCGAUGGUCCGGCGGCAACGUGCAGGCUGGUGACAUUUUCAUCCUCGCCUCUGAGGAGCUUCAUUUCCUCCUCCACAUCAUCGAGAUAGGGAAUGGUCUUGUCACCUUUCAGAUCCGUGGCCUUGAAUUUGCUGGUACUUACUGUCAUGAGCAGGAGAGCAACGGCCUGUCGGAGCCACAGUUGGGCGAUCGGGACUUCUGUUGCUGCACUCUGCGUCGUCUACCUGCUGCUCUACUCAGUCCUAACUCAGCCAUCCGUCUGCGUUGGCUGGCCUGGCAAUUUGUUCACACGCCCUACACCAUAGAGGGUUAUCGUCUCAUAGAUCACAGCGCUGCCACCUCCCUUCAGGUCAUAGAUUUUCGCAAGAUUGUCCUCGCUCUCUUCAUUCAGUGUCUCCUUUACUUCACGGCACGGUUGCCAAAUCUAUCGGGUCGAUUACAACUCCUCUCUGCCGAAUUGACGGAACGCUUUGUGGGUGAGAAUAAGGCGGAUUUGGAUCCUGUAUUUAGUAAGAUUUUCGAUGAGGACUUUGAUGAGUCGAUCUCGGGUGUGACUCGUGUCGCCUUCGUUCGAGUCUACGCGGAGUGGAUUCGCUACUGCCUCUCUAGGUGCUCAGAAAAUAAGUCUGUUGAUGCCUCUGAUGAGUCCGACCUAAUGACUCUUUGCUACGCGAUCUCCCUUCUUGGACGGCGUUGUUUGGGCGGUGUAUCUGGACACUUGAACAAUGCCUUGGAAACUUUUCUGCACUACCUACACGAUGUGUUCAAGGGAGAUGUGCAGAUUUCUGCAAAGGACGAUUGGGUGUUUGCUGAUGUUGACCUCCUGAGGAUUGUUGUCACACCAGCAAUGCGAGUGGCUUUAAAGUUAUACCAGGAUCACUUUACUUGGAAUCCGCUCUCCACCAAUCGAGAGUUGUACCGUGCCAUAUGGAGCACUACACAGAAUGUUAUCAUCUGUCACGAAACCGAUCCUCAAUGGCGUUCAGCAGUGCUCAAUGACGCGGAACGUCUCUUUUCGUUCCGUCGCAUCGACUCAGGCACUACACAGCAAUGCUUCCGUUUUAUUAUGAUGAACAAGCAAAUACUCUCCUUCCAAGUCAUCAAGCUCAACAGUGAGUGCGUACGUGGUUUCUGGGCUGGUCAGUUGCGAGAACAGAUCUUUCUUCGAAACAAUAAUGCAGAGCGCGGAAGUAUUCAACACGCGAAGCACGUGUUGCGCAAUCUUAUCAACUCUAGCUGCGAUCAGCCUGUUGGCUACCCUAUCUACGUAAGCCCCCUCAUCACGAGCUUCGCGGAGAGUCAUCCACAGUAUUGUCAAGUUGCUUGUCCCAAUUUUUCUAUCCCCGGGCUGAUGAGGUCGCUAUUGAUUCUGCAGGAUCGUAUCAAACAAUACUGUCGACGUAGUUAUCGAUGUGGUGGUGGUGGCGGCGGAAGCAAUGACGGUAAGCGUUAUAUUCUCGAACGAUACAUUGUCAUAGAUAGAAAUGGAAAAGGAGUUCCAGUUUUGCAAAUGGCAGGGAGGAUCCCCUGGGUUCUAGUGAUGUUCAUUCAUCACACGUAA